GAGACGAGUACAAGCACAUAACGGUUUCGACGAUCACACAGUAAAGACAUACUUCGACUAAUGAUCUAAGCUAAAUGCUAAAGAAAGUUUUUUAAAAUCAAUCAGAAAAUUCCAAAACAAAUAUAGAAAAUGUCAGAGACUAUAAUCAGAAAGUGUGCUUUAAAGCCAUGCUUUUUGUACCGUAAUAAACUCCAUGUGCUGUUGUUCGCGCUUGUGCUAUUUCACAUAAGUGUCGGUAACGCGACGGAAAGAGAUAUUGUUGUCGACCCCGAAAAUCCGCGCUCCUUCACAACAACAACACCACCAACAUCCGUAGACGUGGGCGCUGCAACAAAUCACACGGACGCAGCGAAAAAAAUAACACGUUCGCUGCGUCUGCCGAACACCACAUUCCCGUUACAUUAUCACCUACACAUUACAACGCGCAUACAUCGGGAGAUUUUCGAGUUCACGGGCAAUAUGACUAUUGACAUUGAUAUACGCGAAACGACCAAUGAAAUUGUAUUGCAUGCAAAAAAUAUUACCGUUACGGCGRUUACGAUGCUUGAACUGCACACAAACGAAAAGCUGCUUGACCUCACCUACACUUAUGAGAAGCAUGGCAGCUACUUGAUCAUACAUCCGAUUGAAAAUUAUGCAGCUUUCGAGGAGGGGCAACGUUAUCGGUUAGAAAUUUUAUACAAAGGCCUCUUGCGUGAGGACUCAUUCGGUAUCUAUUGGAUGACCUAUAGUGAUGAUAAAAAUGCCACAGUUUAUGUGACGGCGACGCAAUUUGAGCCGACAAGCGCACGCUUGGCCUUCCCCUGUUACGAUGAGCCAUCAUUCAAAGCGAACUUCACAAUAAGCCUCACGCACAGCAACAAAUACACGGCCAUCUCGAACAUGAUGGUGCGUCAAACUGAACCGAGCAUUGACGCAAAUGCUGCACUCGAUGGCAACAGCGUUGAUGCCACAAUGGUGACAACCACAUUCCACACCACUCCACCGAUGUCGACAUACCUGGUCGCAUUUGUCAUCUCCAAUUUCGUGUAUAUUUCGGAGGAAUAUCGCGGCGUUCAGCAGCGCAUCUUCACCUCACCACGCCUCGCUGAUAGGGGUCGAAAGGCAUUGAAGAAUGCCGUUCGUACAGUCGCCAUGUUGGAGGAUUUCCUUGGUGUCGAUUAUCCGUUGGCGAAAUUAGAUCAUGUCGCGCUGAAGAAUAACUUCGGUGCGGCUAUGGAAAACUGGGGUUUAAUUACCUAUAAAGAGGACAAUCUGGCGAAACCGGAUGACGCGGAUAUGCAUAAGAACUUGAAGGAUGUGAUAACGCAGAAUCACGAAAUCGCACAUCAAUGGUUUGGCAACUUAGUAUCGCCGCAGUGGUGGACAUACGCAUGGCUGAAUGAGGGUUUUGCCACCUAUUUUGGUUAUUUGGUCACCGAUUUACUUUACCCCGAGUAUAAAAUCAUGGACUUCUUUUUGAUCGAUAGUGCUGAACGUGCCUACAGUUACAACUAUAUGACCGUACGUCCGAUGACUUACUAUGUGGAAAACGAGACUGCCAUUUUGUCAACAUUCGACAUUAUAUCCUAUCACAGAGCCGCUUGUGUGAUCAAAAUGUUCCAUCACGCUUUCAAUCAGAAAACGUUCGUACAUGGCAUCAGUCAGUAUUUGCGCAAAUAUCAAUAUACUUUUGCGAAUGAGUUGAAUCUUUUCGAUGAAAUACAAACAGCUGUGGCUGCGGAUCCCACCUUCAGUCAGCAYGCGUGGAGUCAAGACGCCGUGCGCGAUAUCAUGCUCUCAUGGACGCACAGUGAAUGGAUACCGAUCGUGAGCAUAGCACGCGAUUACAUAAGCAAUACCAUAACAAUAAAACAACGUUCGAAAGAUCAGCACUCGCGUGAACACUGGUGGAUACCGUUAAACUUCGCAAGUGCAUCCGCAGCAGAAUUCGAGAACACUAGCGUUGGUUACUUUAUGCCGCCACUGGAGGAGGUAACAUUGAACGCCAGCCAAUUGGGUAUUGAGUUGGGCAUACACGAUUGGCUCAUCGUGAAUAAGCAGCAGACAGGCUUUUAUCAUGUACUCUAUAAUGAUGCGAAUCUCUGGCUGAUCGCCAAACAAUUGCACGACAAUCACACGGUUAUACAUCCACUUAAUCGUGCAGCUAUCUUUCAAGACCUAGGACCACUAAUCGAGAAUAAUGAAAUACAAUCAGUGGAUGUGAUAUUUGAACUAUUAAAUUAUCUGCAAUAUGAGGACAAUCUCAUGCCUUGGAAUCAAGUGGCUGACACAAUUACCUCUCUUGGCAAGAAUCUCUUUGGUACGCCCGCAUACAAAUUGUACACGCACUUUGUGCGCCAACUAAUUCGACCAAUGUUUCGACGACUCUACGAAAUGCCGUUGGCUGAGAAUCUUACAAAUACCGAAACGCUGGCUAGACAAAAGAUUAUGGAAAUGGCUUGCUUCGUCGAUCUGAGAGAGUGUCUCGACUACACCCACAAUCUGGCACACGAAUACAUAUUCGGUAAUACAAAAUUCAACAACGAUAUGAGCUACUAUGCCAUGUAUGAGACRAUUCUCUGUUUAGGCGUUAAAUAUCUAAGCGAUGAAGAAUUCAACGCCAUACUGAAACUAUUCGGUGAAACGCAACGCGACACAUUGUGGUAUGAUGAUCUUAUUUACUCGUUACGUUGUACGCAGAGUAAUUCGCAUCUGCAGCAGUAUCUGAAUUUCUUGCUGGGCGAGAACUCGACUAAAAUUAUGAACGACAACGAGUCCAUGAUGUAUUUAUUCUAUUUGUUCAAAAGUAAUCAUGUCGCACGCCCCGUUAUGUGGACAUUCUUUGAAAGCAAUUAUCGCGUGCUGUGUCGUUCGCAACUGUUUGUUGAGAACUUUAACCGCAUUGCAGAAUACCUGAAGCGUUCGAAUUACGAACAGUUUCUCAAUUUGCGCAAUAUGAUUGCCGCUGAGCUGGCAAAGGAGGGCCGCGAAAAAACCCUUAUUGCUGCAAAUUCGCCGCGUAUUGGUCGGAAAGUAAAAAUCAGCGAGACUUUUCUGGACAAAUUCAAUAAUCAGAUUUACGAGUGGCUCAGGCGACAUCAGCAAGCCACAUAUGCGGCAUCUUUGGGUGCGCGCAGCAGCGCCACACAAAUUGGUCAUCUGUUUCGUGUGGCGGGGAAGUUCCUACGUAAAGUGCUCAUCAAGAAAGGCAGAUGAGCCAUUUAGUUUACUGUUAACUUCUUUUAUAAAGAAUGGAUUAAAUACUAAUUAAACUUUUAUA